GACAGGACAAUACGCUGGCCAGCACAUGGUUGCAGCUUCUUCAAACACAGCAAUUCAACAGCGAUGCACACCUCGCCAACACCAUUGUCAGUACUAUCAACAAGCAUGGCGCCAACACAAGCCAGCAACCAAAUUGGCAAAAGCCAUCACGCUUUGCCACAACCACCCAGCAAUCACCACCCCAGACUGCACACGACCGCAGCGGGGGAAAAAGCAACAAUCGAUGGAACAAACCGAAACCGAAAGCGGACGGACAUCACCCAACUGGCAGCUGCUGAGUGGACAACACCACCUCGGCUCAUCAGAUACAACCAACUGAUUGAUGCAAUCAAGAAGCAAGAGCACAGCCAACACAACAUCUUCGAGGUCACCACGCCUCACGAAUACGACACGCUGUGCACUUACUGGGCUACCUACAACUACCAGCAAGCUUUCACUUUGAUCUGCACAGGGGAAGCCCUGAAAACCACAGGAAAUACCCAUACCAGUGCCAAGAUCAAGCGACAGCAUGCAAAAACCUUCAAAGUUGAAAAUAUCAGCCUCGAGGCACUUGGUGACAAAGCACAAUGUCCGUGGCCGUUCACACCAACACAGUUCAAGGCGGCUGACAUUCCCAAAGUUGAACGCACCACAAUCCGAAUCGCAGCCCCACAGGAAUACAGGCAGCAAUGCUACGAAAAAGACAGUGCCCAAAAAAAUUUGACGGACAUCGCCACUUGGUACAUCGAUGGAUUCACCACUACCACUCUCUCAGGCGGCAAAUGGACCAAACAAUGGGCUGGGCACAAAGGACAAUUUGAGAACUUCUGGUUGGAUUCGUUAAACUCGAUCAAAAACUGGUACCACAACUCCUCAAGCACAGCGGAGCUCAUGGGAUCUUCUUCAACGUCGUCGAAGAGGACCAAGAUUCCACAGCUGAUGCGAAGCAACGCAAGGGGAUGGACACGUCAUGACCUGAAGGGAACGGGCGACUGUGCAUACCGGGCAAUCUGCGGAGCAAGGCGCUAUGCCAAAACUGGCGAGCACCUCGACACUGACGAAGCUACUGCCGAAGCAGCCGGACUCAGAAAGGCAUGCGCAGCCCGACAAGAACAUGUGCUCGAAAAGCAUCACUACACGUACCUGACGCCACCUUCUGAAGGUAAAAUACCACCCACCUGGUUAGCCGGCGAAUCCAACCCGGAUUGUGCUGUCAUCGACUUCACUGGAGAUGGCGAAUCCACCGGCACUGCAUCGGUCCAUACAAUGCUCUCCGACAACCUGAGCCGGACCAACAAAGCAAGCAGAAGCAUCGCGGCAGCUUUGGCUACAGUGACCAAACUCGCUCAACUUCAGUCUUUGUCCACCCCAUCCCUACUUUUGGUGAAGUGCUGUAGAGGCGCAACUGACAUCCUUAUGGAAGCAAAGCCCACCACACGGCCACAGCAGCCACAGCUUCCACCACAACACAGCAUCUUCGACCUUCACAAGCUACAGAGCAAUACUGCCCAGCACCACAUCCCAACCGCGCGCGCUGGUUGUCUCGACGUGUCGCGGAACCAAGUCCAAGUGACCGCUGGUAAUUCCCCUCAUCGAUCGACGGCCAGUGCGCCUGGUUCUGUGGAUCCCUUGGGCACCGACGAGAAGGUACAGCCCUGCGACAGCAGUGACAACGGCACACCACCGGUACAUACGAUCCGGACACAGCACACCGCAGCCCACAGCAGCACAACACCCUCGGUGCACACCAUCUUCACAGCCGCGGCACGAACUAAUAGGCAGCGGACAAAGGAUGGUUCAAUUGGUGGUGCCCUUACUGCGAAAGCGAUAUCCCAGUCAAAGGAGAUUCCAAAGGUUUAUUCUGGAGGAAAAAAGCAUUUGAAGACCAUUCACAACAAAACGCUCAAAGACUGCCCAUCCCAGGGCAGUACAGCCCUGACCAAUAGAGCCAUGAUGCGUGCCAAACAAAUGCAAGCAAUUGCACCCGACGAUGCGCAGCACAACUUGCUGCAUGUGAAGCAAAACAAUCUUCAAGACUGCGAAGGCAUCCAUGCGAUCCUCAUGCAAGAAACCCGACUCAGCGUCCUUGAAGUCGAUUGCAUCAACAAUACCAACCGACAAUGGCAGCUAUUCCAGGCUUCCACGGCUACCACCCACCGACGCGAAGCUCCCAAGGCUGGUACAGCCGUCUUCAUCCGCCGAAACAUCCCUGCAGUUCUUGCAAAGAAACACGCUGACCAGGACGGGGAAUGGAUCGACGUGCCCAUCCCAGCCCUUCACAUCAUCAGUGCCUAUCGACGUCCUGGCAUCAACAAGCAACCAUGGACUGACAAUAUCGGCGAGCACCUGGCCAGCCUUGGCUCUGGCAAAUGGUUCAUGGACGGAGACUUCAACGGAACCCCACUGGAAGACCCACUGCUCAUUUAUGCACAUUCCUUGCAGGCCGACGUCAUCUAUCCCCACCAAGAUCCGGGACAAGGUGACGAAGCGGACAACGCAGACCCCCCGGAGCCCCUUCCCACGAGAUGGGGAGGCAACAGCUGCAUUAACUACAGCCUUCAACACGGCAUCCAAGCACCUGUGCACCUGCGUCAGGAAAAGUACGCAGACCACAAGCUCCUGGAGUAUAACCUGGACCAUCAAAUCCAACAGCAACCUGAAAGAUGUUUUAUCCCACAACCGAGAUGGAUGAGACCUGACCAUGUGAACCCAGAGGAUUGGCGACAUCAGCUUGACCUUCAAUGGGCUACUCACCAGUUCAUUCUUCCUCCACUGGACAACACCACCGAUAUUGACCAGCUGUGGAAUGAUUGUAUCCAAGCGCUCAGGCACACUUUCCGGCGGGCUCACAACCAAGCCUACGAAGGUCGCAACGACCGGCCCAAGCAGCACACACGGCAAACCAAGGGUACCAACCCUGGAACUUACCUGCGCCACAGCCACAACAGCGCAAACAGCCAUCACAGCACCAGCAUUCGACUUGCUCGACAUCGACGGCACCAUGAAUAUUGGGACAUCCACCACAACAGGACGCAGGACGACAGCACCAGGCAACUCCGGCAUAAGCUACAGUACAACCUGCGCCAAUUGGGAUGCCCGCAUCCACUUUGGCCUAGCAAUCAGCACCAUAUGCUGACCUGGCUCCAACAAGAGAUUCAAAGCAUCGAAUCACAACAACAACAAGCUCGCAUCACCGCCUGGCGUCGCAGGCUGCGCAACAGCACCCACCGAACUUGGAAAUGGCUUGGACGAGGCAAAUUCACAGCCCAGCUGGCCUACAUCUCCGAAUCCAACGGCGAGAUCAUUCACACCGACCAGCUCAUUGAUCGAGUUCACGCUAUUGGCAAGCCAUUUGGCCACAACCUACCGAGGCCAUCCGUGGCCAAACAGCACUACUCACUGGCGGCAGCUCCGCAUUGCCAAGCCGGGCAAACCACCGAACAGAAUUUCCUCAAGCUGACCAGCCCAAUCUGGUACAGGAUCUGGAGCUCACAUCGAAUCAAGCAGCUGGCACCUUGGUUCAAACAGGUCAUGCCGGAAGAGCAGCAUGGAUGUCUCCAAGGCAAGGGCAUUCACACUGCUCUCAUACCCAACCUUGCUGCUAUUGAGGCCAAUCUCAGAAUUACCGACCAAGCUGAAGAUUAUCGCUUUGUGGGAGGUGCUGACCUCUCCAAGGCUUUCGACAGACUUGCGUGGAAACAUAGCACUGCGGCAAUGCAACGCAUGGGAAUCCCUGCCGGAAUCAACAAUGCUCUUGCUGCAGCAUGGCGACAACAACAGCGGUGGCUCACUACGGCUAACUACGUCAGCAAUCGGCCAUACCCAGCUCAGUGUCUCCCACAAGGCGACUCAGCGAGCCCAAUUGGCCUGUGGCUACUAUGUCUGAAGCCUACAGAAGAAUCAGAGCUGCUCACCCUCAAGAUCAACAUGGGCCACAACGGCAUUCCAUUUUCUUUGACGACAGAUUUUGGCUCACUACGCGAGCAAGCACUUGACGCCAUCACCAAGCUGGAGUCCCAGGAACCAUCAGACCAAGGUCAUUCGGUGGGCGAGCUUGCUCCCACACAAUACCUUCGAAAAGGCAGCUUUUGCCAAAGCAACUGGAAUGGCACUUGCGGCUGCCCCCAGCUACAGCAGACUCCCAGCAGCAAAGAGCCUCAACCCACUCCGUUUGCUUAUGGCAACACUACUAUCAACAGUGGGGCACUAUUUCGACUACUUGUUGGACACACAGCAGACCCUUAUUACAGAAUUGGCCACAUCGUGACCAAGCACACCAUCAUGGCAGCUUCCAGGGAUUCACAUCUUCGGGCUAUGUGGCCUACAAAGCAGACCCAGGGACCUAUCAUUGUCACCAAGCACUGGCUCCGUCGACAGGGCUGGACCAAUGCAGGACCAUGGAGAUGGCGUCAUGACCACGCUCACAUCAUCAUCAAUCUGAAUGCUGCUGAACCUCGCAACCAGGAGUUCACCAUCAUCGACAUCAACAAUUUCAACGCUCAACUGCUUGGCCACCACUUGCGGGAUGCUUGGCGAGCUCAACAGUGGCAAUGCUUCUUGAAGUCGGCCAACAAGGCCGCUACCGCCUUGGCCAAUUGGCAAUUGGACCUGGCCUGA